AAUAAUUAUUAAAAUUAGCAUGUGUCUGCGCCAUCCUGUGGGUGUGGCGCAGAGCGGAGUGUAAACUCUAGCGGGGCUGGAGCAAACAUUGGAUUAGCGGCCGCAGCCUGCCAGCCUGCCCAAGGAGUGCGGGGACCAGCGCUGCACGCCGACCCGCACGAUGGCCUCGUCUCAGGGGAAAAACGAACUGAGAUUCGCCGACUGGAUGGCAACUCUGCCGGAGAGCAUCCACAGCAUCCCCCUCACCAAUUUAGCCAUCCCAGGGUCUCAUGACUCCUUCAGUUUCUACAUUGAUGAAGCCUCUCCAGUUGGUCCCGAACAGCCAGAAACUGUCCAGAAUUUUGUCUCUGUGUUUGGAACUGUAGCCAAAAAGCUCAUGAGGAAAUGGUUAGCUACUCAAACAAUGAACUUUACUGGUCAGCUGGGAGCUGGAAUCCGUUAUUUUGAUCUUCGAAUUUCCACCAAGCCCAGAGACCCCGACAACGAACUCUACUUUGCUCAUGGUUUGUUCAGUGCCAAAGUCAAUGAGGGCCUUGAGGAGAUCAAUGCUUUCCUCACAGAUCACCAUAAGGAGGUCAUAUUCUUGGACUUCAACCAUUUUUAUGGGAUGCAGAAAUAUCACCAUGAAAAACUGGUCCAGAUGCUGAAAGACAUCUAUGGAAACAAAAUGUGCCCAGCAAUCUUCGCCCAGGAAGUUAGUUUAAAGUACUUGUGGGAGAAGGACUACCAAGUCCUGGUGUUCUACCACAGCCCAGUGGCUCUGGAAGUGCCCUUCCUCUGGCCUGGGCAGAUGAUGCCAGCGCCCUGGGCCAACACCACAGACCCUGAGAAACUGAUCCAGUUUCUUCAGGCAUCGAUCACUGAGAGAAGAAAGAAGGGCUCGUUUUUCAUAUCACAGGUGGUGCUGACUCCCAAAGCCAGUACUGUGGUCAAAGGGGUGGCAAGUGGCCUCAGAGAAACUAUCACUGAAAGAGCUCUUCCUGCCAUGAUGCAGUGGGUCCGCACACAGAAGCCGGGAGAAAGUGGCAUCAAUAUUGUCACUGCCGAUUUUGUAGAACUUGGCGACUUUAUCAGCACUGUCAUAAAGCUCAAUUAUGUCUUUGAUGAAGGAGAAGCCAACACUUGAUAGCACUAUUUGGAACGUCCAUGAAUAUGAUAGAGGAGAUUCAUUGUAUUAGGCAUAUGUCUGUAAACACUCUGAUCUUGCUAUUCCACUGAGUCUUGGAAGAGAUCAGGGCUGGUAGUGGGUGGGAAAAGGGGGAAACCAUUUUUUCAGUAAUUGUAAUCAUAGUCUGUAUUACUAUAAAUAUUUCAUUUCCCAUUUGAUGAGCAAAAUCUACUUCUAGUGAUAGGGAUAAAAAAGAUAAGUGAAUUUUAUUUUUCAGAAUUAGUGUUCGUAUUGUAUGGAGUAUUUAUUUGAUUGUGUUCUCGAAUUUCAACCUAGGGCUUCUACACUGUCUGUGACCUCUAACCUUUCCACUCCCUUGCUCGCUCGCUCUUUUGCUCAAACACUGUAUGGGAUUCAAAACAAUUUGAUGCCUGACUUUAUGUGUAUUAAAUUGUCGUAUUGAAAUUUCUUUGUUUUGUGGGACUUGAUAUAAUAUUCUGUAGUCAUCUGCAAUUGGGUAAUCAGAGCUUAACUUUUGGUCAUAGAAAACCUGCCUCAAAUCAAUUUUCCUGCAUCAGUAAUAUUGGAGGCCAUAAUCAGUGAUUUUUGUGUUACAUGAAAAUAAUAGUGUUUCAUAGUAUUUCUAUUUAAGGCAGCUAGAGAGUAAACACUUUUUUGAAAUAACUAUGAAUGCCAACUUCAUAGUGAAUAAUGGUUGGAGAUGAGGGAUAUGGAUUGCAUUUUAAUUCAGUGAUCUCUUAGUAUUGACCUGCAAGUGUCCUGUAAAUUAUAAGGUACAACAAGUGUUUUAAAAUCCAAAACCUUGAAAAGCACUCUUACAAAAUCCCUCUUAACAUUCUCUUGAUAAAAAAAUAAAGAAAGGAAAGGGAAAAAAGAAACAACUGAAAAGCUGCACAAGCUUUCCUACCAAGCUGACAUAUUUUCAAAUAUGUAAUUCUAAAUCUCAGAUUGUGAGGAACAUUUCUCAAGAAGCUUAAGUUCAGUUUUUCAACUUGAAGAGAGGAAAGGAGAUGGGUGACAGAAAGAGUUAGAGCAAUGAUUUGAAAACUAUGUUUAUGAAAUCACAAGAUUCACGAAAUACCUUUAGGAAAUUCUUGAAAUACCUGUGGUCUGGGAAGAUUUGUUUAAAAUUGGCACCGAAUCAUCACUUCUGGGUCUCAUCCUACCUCAGGGAUGAGAUUGAGGCAGUGGCAAAAGUUUCACACUAAGUUUCUAACAUUUGAUAGUUCAGGUCUACACAGAAGAGCAACAAUAACACAGCUUUAAGUGCUGCUUCCUCUUUGGUGUCUUUGUGAUAUUUGAAAAUUCUAAAAAAAAUCCUAAGGAGAGCACAAUAAUCUUUACCUGUGUGUCUCACAGGAAUACUGUGAGGCAUUUAUGAAAAACUGUAAAAUUUGCUGAAAUUCUUAGAAUUAUGAAUGAUUUUAUUUAUUUUCAUAUUUAGAAAUAAUCACACUUGAAUAGUUUCCGGGGACAAUAGAGUCCAUGCAAAGUAGCAUUACAGAGAAAUAAAAGCACUCCCUCAGCUUUUAAUUAAUUUAAACGCAGCACAUAUGGUUAAUCUUUUAAACCUAGAUAAGGGAGCUGAUUUCAAAAUUAUCUAUAUCAAGAUUAUAAAUAAUCAAGAGUUGACUUCAAGAUUAUAAAUACUUAUCAGAAAAUAAUACUUUAUUAGCAACUGCAGGAAGAGAAUAGAACUUUUUAUGCUGAAAAGAAUGUUCAUGAGGUGUGUGUGGGUAGCUGUGAUAGACCAAAUAUCAUGUCCAUACAUACAACAGAUGUUUUAAAUAUUCCAGUUGUGUGUAUACAUCUUGCAUGAUAUACCAUGAUAUACCAUCCAUGAUAUACCAUCAUAUACCCACUUCCCUGCAGGCAGACAAAGAUAAAUAUACACAAACACACAGAGAUAAGGACGGAUACAAAAUAAUUCUUUUCAAGUGAAAACAUUGAUAAUAUUAAAUAAUUUAUUUUUAAGACUGAAACUCUUAAUAACAGGUGGGAAAGAGUAAGAACUUUGAAAGUGGAGUUGCUGAUUAUAUUAAAAUAAUUUUGCAAAAGAAAAUCUGGCUUUGAAAUGUAAUGGUUUAUAAAAUAUAGUUAUUUUCAUCUUCCAUUUUCUCUCUUCUUGUAGUUUUACCAUCUUUUCAUGGGGCACUGAAUAUGAAUCAUUUAUUUUUUUUAUUUUUAUUUCUUUUGCAGUUUUUGGCCGGGGCUGGGUUUGAACCUGCCACCUCUGGCAUAUGGGGCCGGCGCCCUACUCCUUUGAGCCACAGGCAUUGCCCUGAAUAUGAAUCAUUUUUAAAGGAUUCUGGAUUGUUGAAAUUUGUGUCCUCUAAAUUUUCUUUGAAGGCAGACCUUGUCUCUCACUAGCUAUCCAUUUCUCAUCCUUCAGGAGGGUCUUUAGCCAAGCACACUCGCAAUGGCACAAGGACUUAUAUAAAUAUGAUAGAAGACAGAUUUUUUCAACAUAUUAAUGAAAAAAUAUAAUAUGGCGUAACUAUGUUGUAUUUGCUUGAACUUAGAUGCCUUCUUGUAAUGUUUUCUUAGAAUUAACUGUCAUAUUUGUCAUCUGGGUGCUGGAAAAAACAAAGCGGCUGAGGCUUUGGAAUAAUUGUUCAGUUUCUUAACAGAGGAAAGUAUUUUAUUGCUGUUAAUGAUAUGCACCCAUCAACCUUGUUGGACAAAAGGUACUUUUCUCUCAAUGCUGUGUUUUCCAUGUGGGCAUACAGUGCCUAUGUACCAGGCGCUGACAGUAAAUGGAUUUGCCUUAAUUUCUAAAGGGGGGGAAGAGGUAGGAGUGAGCUAUGGGUCUUCCCGCGAGACUGCUAGAAGGAGAGCUCACCAGCAGGGGAAAGGAGAGAAGGUGCCUUUGGCUGUCCAGAGCACACUUAGGGAGCAGGCUCUGAGCCUUCACGGAGCGAGAAAUGGUGCCCUGCCAUGGAAACUCACCCUCAGCCCAUUCCUUUGUCUUAGCUGGGCAUUGUCUUUGCAGAGCUGGGAGCACAAGGGCUACAGAUAGGCCCCGAGAUGGCAGGAAAUACAUCUUGGUGCACUUUUUCUUUUGCUUGUUUCUUACAACUUAUUUCACAGGUCCCACAAGGCAAAAAAAAAAAAAAAAAAAAAAGGAAAGAAAGAAAACCAAAAAUCAAACCAAAACAAAUUUAAAAACAAACAAAACCCAGAAAUAUGUAGUAAAAUUCAACCUUUACUCAAUCUACAACAGGAAAUCGACAGAGUGGGUGGGAUGAGGGGAAAUAUGCAAAGAGCAUCAUUUUUAAGUUUGUUUUCCUGUCUGUAAUUUGAAGGAGCAAUAUGGUAAAUACAUCUCCCUUCAUCAUCGUUUAUGUCUCCCUUAUUACUACACAAUCCUGUGAAUGCAGAGAGUGAGGGGGCAUCUUUCAUAAGCCUCAGGAUAUUCUAUAUGGUGACCUCAAUAUUCACUUUCAGCCAUACUGGGAAAACUCACUUUUCAUGACGCGCCACCUAACAGUGAAUGUAUUAGAGCAUAAAGUGUUUGGCAUGGAAGCACCUGUGUAUAGACACACGCACACACGCACCCCCCGUGUACAUUACAGAAGUCGAAACUGCACUCUAAAGAUCUGAAUCUUUUGCCAUUUUAAUUCUUAAAAUCAAUAUCACCUAUGUUAGUAGCCAUAAACAUCAUUUAAAUAUUUGAAUACUUAAGAAGAGAAAAAUCACUAGAAAAAUGCUGAAAAAUGAGACUAUCAGAGACAAGAUGCCUGGCAGUAACAUUAUACCCCAAGUUGGAGAAGCUAAGCUGGAAUUCAAUAGAAACUACAAACACGCACACACCUCUUCGCUUAAAGUUGUUUUAAGUUCCUUUGAGGUUCUCACAUGUAUUUAGCCAGAGUUACCUGUUCAGGUUCUUUCCUGUACAGAUUCCAUACUAGAAAGCUGGAAGUCUCAGGAAAUGCGUGUUUCCACGAGUUUCUCGGUUCUGCAGUUAUCCACUAACACAAUCUUCUAAAUUUUGACGGCUCUGCCGAACAGGAGCUCCACAGGCAGGCUGCUCACAUUUUGAAUUGCUAAAUGAAAAAUAAUGCACAGUGUCCCUCAGGAUAUGCUAAAACAAGGUUUUUAAAAGCAUUGUAUUUAACAGCACUUUAGUCUUUUCAACUAGAUUUCAGUGGUAUCAUGGUGUAAAUGCUAUAUUUGCCAUAACAUAUUGGUGGCUCCUGUGUUACAUAGAGUUUUAAAGCUCUAAAUUGUUUUCCCAAUGACAACAACAAAAUGUUCUGUAGAAUUUGUAAAACAUGUUGAUUGAAUCUGUUUAAAAUUGUGUAAUUUUUAUUUCACUGUGGUUCUAUUUUGAAGAUAGUUCUAAAUGUGUAUUUGUAUGAGUCGAAAAUGUAUGGUUUUAUGUGGUGUGUGAGUGUGAGUAUAUUGUAUCUUAUCAAAAAUCAGACUUAUCCUAAAAAAAGGGCACAUUUUGACUAGCCUUAAUUGGUUGCCAUUUUUUGUUGUUAUUUUUGCAAUUUGGAUUUAAACAGACAUUAUAUUUCUGUUAAUAAUUCUUCUUUAAUUUUAUGAGGAAUGUGCUUCAGAACUGAUAUAAGUUCCACAAGCAAAUUGUCCAGCUUGUGGCUUUUCAAAAUGAUCAAACAUCAACUAACUUUUGACUUCAUCAUCAUAUAAAUAGUUUUACAUUCACCUCUAUCAGCAAGGGAACCAGUAUACCUGUAACGCUGUUUCUCCCAAGAUGAAACCCAUUUUGCUUUAAUGACAAGUUCUCCAUGAAAUUUUUUUCUACAACCAUUACUUUUAAAAAAUUGAAUCUUCUUGGUUAUGAUGAAUUGCCUUGGCACUAUGAGAGCCACUAAUGGCUCAUUAAUAUUAGGUGGUUCCAACAUGGUUUCUUUCUCAAAGAACAGCAUGCAACCCUCUUACACUUUUUCUCUCUGCCCUGUAUGUGGAGGGCAUGUAACCCUCUUUCACUUUUUCUACCUGCCCUAUUUGAAGAUCUACAUGUGUUCAUCCUAGGAGCAAAAAGUCUGUAACCUUUGGAGCCGGGCGUGGUGGCUCACACCUAUAAUCCCAGCACUUGGGAAGUUCACGCCUAUAAUCCCAGCACUUGGGAGGCCGAGGUGGAUGGAUUGCCUGAGCUCACAGGUUGGAGACCAGCCUGAGUCAGAGCAAGACCGCGUCUCUAAAAAUAGCCAAGCAUUGUGGUGGGCACCUGUAGUCCUAGCUACUUGGGAGGCUGAGGCAAGAGAAUCACUUAAGCCCAGGAGUUUGAGGUUGCUGCGAGCUGUUAUGCCAUAGCACUCUACCAAGGAGCAACAAAGUGAGACUCUUGUCUCCAAAAAACCUCUGUAACAUUUGGGCUUGGGAUGUGGAUAUAGGAUAUUACUAAUCUUUUCAUUUUCUUCUUUUCUUUAUCCUCAAUUAUUUCUUUUCAGUAUUUAGUGCUGCUGGAUAAACUAUAGGACACCCAGUGAAUUCAAAUUUCAAAUAAACAAUGAAUUUUUCUAGUGUUAGUAUUGCCCAUAUAUUUCAGCAGAUAUACUAAAAAAAAGGUUGCUUUUCUAAAAUUCGAGUUUAACUGAUUACCUCUUGUAUUAUUUCCCCUAAAUUUGGCCACCCUAAUCGCACUGCCUUUCUAUCUUUUUUAGUCGGGCUACCUAUAAGGGGUGAGUUCUACCUCCCUCCAUACUCCUAUAGUAAGAUACCUCAUGACAAUAUUAUCCUUCAUGAAGGAAAAUAUUGGGCCAUGACAGGUCCCAAAACUGGUUAAUAAAGGACCAACUCAAACACAGAUGGAAUAAUCAAUCAAGUAUCUUUAUAGCAUUAGUACCAUACAUACAAAAUUUAUCUUAACUUGCCUAUCAUAAGGCCCAGGGUCUUCUCAUUAAUCACUUAAAUAACCCCUCAAUUUGGGUUGUAAUUGGAACAACCCAAAACAUACCACAUAUUUAAAAUUCUCCUAGAAAGUGGUAGUACCUACCAAUUUAGUUCUAGCAUUUUGUUUAAAAUUCAAUUCACUUUCCUUUCAAAGAGGUAAUAAACAAAUCCAUUAUUCCCUCCAGUAAAACGCUACCACAAAUUAUUUUUAUCAGAUUAGAACUGGUAAUGUAUGGAAUUGUAGAAAAUUUAACAUAGAAAGGAACUCUGUUCACUGUGGGAAGAAGAAAUAAGAAGAGACUGAGUGAGGUAUAGACAGAGGUUUGUCAGUGUCCCUUCAGAAUACUGAGGGAGGGAGCUGGGCCAGAGAUGGGGAACAGAAUGUGACCCCAACACCCACCGCCUGACAGAGAUUUGAUGAAGCAAACUAUAAUGACCACCACUUUUUUUUUUUUUUUGCAGUUUUUUUGGCGGGGGCUGGGUUUGAACCCACCACCUUCGGCUUAUGGGCCCAGCACCCUACCCCUUUGAGCCACAGGUGCCGCCCAUGACCACCAUGUUUUUAGGAAUUGAAACCCAAGAAACCCCAGAAUAUGAACAGUGAAAUAGAAGGCUAGUUUCUAGAAGAGUCUGCAGAGAAAGAACCAUGUUGGAGUUCCUAAAAUCAAGCUUUCAAAUACUAUUGUUUCCAAUGGUGAAUUCUUCACAGCGAAUUCUUGGGUCUGAAUGUCCAUUUAGUUUUGAAACAUUUUUUGUAGCUACCUCCUUUCUUGAAAUUCCUAUAAACACUAUAGGAAAACCCAAAUCCCUGAUUAUAAAAUAUUUCUAUCUCAUAACUUAUGUUUGCACAAAUUUGUGUUAAUUUGCUUUAGUUCUAAAGGAUGGAAAUUUGCAGAUCUGGUGACAUUUCCUUCAUUAGACAUCAGAAAUUCACCACAGAGAGACAGAUCUGUGCCUUCUCUUUUUAGGAUUUGGUCUUUGAUACUUUAAUAAAUGUGGUGUAAUGAAAUCUAUGCCCAAAGUCUGUACAGCAAAUGUGAAUUUUUUUGAUAAGAUUGUGUUCUAAAUGUAAAAACAAUUUCUUUGUAUUCAGUGAAAUGCCUAAUAAAGUCCUGGUACCAAU